UCAAGUUACCAAAAAAAAUCUAUAUUUGGUGUAUAAUAAUAAAUCACGAUUUUUUGGAACACUGCAGCUUUAAAGCUUCAUAUGCUGUGUUUGCGACGUCAUCAAUCUGCGCUCCCUGAUAUCCCUGCAAAAGCUUCAGAAACUUAAAGAAAGGAGAAACACAUAAGUUAACGACCACUGAUCCUGGGAACAUGGCGUGGAAGUGGUGCGAUGGGCACUCCUUGCCGGUGCUUUGUGUGGGCGCUGGCACUGAUGGACUUUUGGCUUCAGGAGCAGAAGGUGGAGAGCUGACAGUGUGGAGUGACGAAGGGACUCCAAUUGGCCAGCUAAAACUGGAUGGAGGUGAUGAUGUAACGUGCGCCACCUUCUCUCUAUCUUCCCCGAACAAACUGUACAUCUCUCAUGGGGAAGCAGUCAGCAUCUUGGACGCCAGGGCUUUGAAGAAACCUGUGGACCUUUUCCGUGUCAGCGAGGAUGAAAUUAACUGCCUGUCUGUGAAUGAAACGGACAGCCUGAUUGCAGCUGCAGAUGACUCUGGGUCAAUAAAGAUCCUGGACCUGAGCAGCAGGAAGGUCAUCCGUUCACUGCGCAAACACACAAACAUUUGUUCAUCUGUGGCAUUCCGCCCCCAGCGUCCUCAAUGUCUGGUUUCAUGUGGGCUGGAUAUGCAGGUGAUGCUCUGGAACCUGCAGAAAGCCCGUCCUCUCUGGGUUCAGAACCUCCAGGAACUGGGUGAGGAGGAGGAGGUGCAGCAGAGUGCGGGCCAGCUUUUCAACCCUCCUCUCGCGCAUGCCAUCACUGUGGCGGCCUGCGGCAACACCUUCGCCUGCGGUUCCGAAGACGGGAAGAUCCACAUGUUCAAAGUGGUGGGAACAAGGUUUGAGAGACAGGUGGGGUUCAAGGGGCAUAGCCAGGGGGUGUCGCAGGUCCACUUUGUCAACUUCCUGUCCCAUCCCCACUGGCUGGUGUCUGGAGGGAAUGAUGGGAAGGUCUUGCUGUGGGAUGCCAGCACAGGAAGCAUGACGGAGAGCAAAGGACAAGCCAAAGGAGGCCACAGGAGAAAGGCAAAGUCUGUAAAAGGUGCCAGCAAGGAAGGUGCUGACCACAACACAGAACUGGAAGUCAAAGCUUUUUCACCAAAGCUGUGCAUUAACCACGAGGAGAAAGUGAACUGGAUUUGUCCGGCACAGCUGAAGGGGGAGGGUCGGAUUAUAGUGGCAGAUCAAAGUAGCUCGUUGUCUGUUUAUCCUAUAACAGGCCUGUAGGAUCGAUAUGUUUCUCCCCAUUGCUCCUUCAAUAUGAACCUUGCUGUAUUCCAGGGCCUCAGAUGGUCUACCAAACAACAUUGAUGGAUAAAAACUAAUUUAAGUAUGUCACAUAAGCCUUGUAUUUUCAUGAUACUAAUUAUAAGCAAGGUAAAACCAUUGGAAAUCAGUGCUGUGAGAAUCCUAGUGGUCUAGAUGUUGUGCGAAACAAGUAUUUUGAUAUUCUUAUAAUUAAUUGAAAUAAUUUUGAAGCCAAAGUGAGUUUGAGUUUAACAGCAGGGAUGUUUUCAGUGUUUUAUUGUGUAUUGCAAUCCCAUAACUGAAAUAAACACAAUUGCAUUGCUUUUUAAAAUCUA